AUGGACUCGACUUACAAAGAAAGAGUUCGAUACUUUGAAACGACAUUACGACCGGAGCCGACCGACGACGAUGAGUUGGACAGCGAAUGGCAACCUAUCAUUGAUAUGGAGCCUUUUCAAAAGGCAUGUUUUCAUGGGAUACCCGAUGAAUCUGGUUUACGAGCAACAGCAUGGAAAGUGCUACUUGGAUACCUUCCACCCGACAAACGCACGUGGAGUUCAUCUCUUUGCUCACAACGACUAAGCUACUAUAACUGGGUAAAGGAUUUAUUGGAAGACCCAGGUGGUGAGCCACCGUCAAGUGAUCAUCCAUUGAAUGAAGAACGAGGAUCAAAAUGGGCAUCUUAUUUCCAUGACAACAACAUUCUUGAUCAAAUUGACAAGGAUGUACGACGCACAUUACCCGACAUUGCCUUCUUUCAAACGCACGUUCCACACAAUCCAUUAAAUCCACUAUCUCCGCCCACAUUGGAUGGCAACAACAACAACAAUGAUGAAGAGGAUAAACCACCACGUCGUUUUUCAUUUGGUUUCAUCGGCCGACCACGCUCUUCAUCCACAGCAUCAAAAAAGUCAUUGGGUCGUAUCGACAAUCGCUCUCGUUCCAACUCGAGAAGUUCAGUGCAUUCAUCCCAUUCCAAUAUCGCCAAUGCUGCUGACCCACUUUCUGCCACCAACAAUGCAACAACCACGCCUCGCAAAAUUGUCCGCAAAUUCUCCUCAGCAUUCAAGAGCAAUGGAUCAUCGACUUCAGUACUUGCAUUACCCAAAAAGAAAUACGACACUCGCCAUUUCAAACCAUUGUGCCCUUAUGUGCCAAGUCGACGGGCUUUGUUUAAGCGUAUCGCCCAUCUCAACAAUGAUGGUCGUCAAAAUGGCACCCGAGAAACAGAAGAGGAGUACAAGCAUGCAACAAAUCCACUCGCUCAAGAUUAUCAUUGGGAGGCCAUUGAACGUAUCCUCUUCAUUUACGCCAAAUUGAAUCCUGGUGUGGGAUAUGUCCAGGGCAUGAACGAGCUCUUGGCACCGAUUUAUUAUGUGUUUGCAAAGGAUGAUCAUCCAGAGUCUCAAGCGUAUGCCGAAGCCGAUGCCUUUUUUGUGUUUACAAUCCUCAUGUCGGAUGUGCGAGAUCAUUUUGUACGUUCAUUGGAUCAAGAUGCUAGUACGGGUAUCAAUGCAACCAUGCAACGCAUGAGCCAACGAUUGGCAUGGGUGGAUAAACCAUUGUGGCGUGAUUUGCGGAGAAAGGAUAUCAAGGAGCAGUAUUAUGCAUUUCGUUGGAUCACCGUAUUGUGCUCUCAAGAAUGGGAUUUGCCAAACGUCAUCCGCCUUUGGGAUUCCAUUCUAGCGGAUCGGGACAAUGAGAGCACAAGCAGUAUGCGAUUCGAGUUUUUGUUGGAUUUUGCUGUUGCCAUGGUCCUAUGUAUUCGACAAGAUCUCUUAAAGACGGACUUUGCCGAAAACGUGCGACUUUUACAAAACUAUCCCAUUGACGACAUCCAAAUCGUGCUUACAACAGCGUACUCGGUGCGUGACAUGCGAUUGAAUGCAUUAGCAGCGGGUCAAGUGGUGCCUGGUUUCAAUGAUAAGCGUAGCAGCGGGUUGUUUUCAAGUGAUUGGAGCGAUACAUCCUCCAUCAAUUCGACAGGGUCUGGUACCCGAUUACAACGAUUGCGAGAGACGACUGAUAUUGCACGUGCCAGCUUUGAUUCAUUCCGCAAAGAAUCCAAGGAAUCUCUAGAUGAGUUGUUCCGACGCACUACUUCCCCCAACAACAAUGAGCCUUGGAAACGAGCAAGUACAGGCGAAGUGGCAAGAAGUUUAUCCCAACGAUUGGCACUCAAAGUACGACGACAAAAUUCAUUGAAUCAACAAAGUCAAGAUACCGGCUUGUAUCGAAGUAACUCGGUGCGAUCCGAACAAACCCAUCACACACGUAGCAACUCGUUGUUGAAUCGUUUCUCACAAAUGGUAACCAACAAUAGCAAUGCUGCUGUGUCACCCUUCAAAUCAUCAUCAUCGGCACUCGCUGCAACUGCUGCACCAGCGCAGGAUCCUCCCACAUUUAGAAAUUAUCGUGGAUUUGUUUAA